AUGACGUCGGCGUACAGGUCCAGCAUCCCCAGCCGGAACCCGUGCAAGACCGAGUGGCCUGAUGACGUUCUUCUCCAUCCGUGCUAUGCUGAUGAUGAAGCUGCGGGCGAUGGUGUUGAUGGUGAUGAGCACCUUCACGAUCGCGACGAGGAGGCGACGGCCACCGGGAGUACGACCAUCAUCACGCCCCCGAUCGAGGUCAUGAGCAGCAACGUGAACACGGACGAGGUGGUGGACAGCCCCAUGGAUACGGGCAGCUUCCCCUGCCCGUUCCCGUUCCUGAACACGAACCCGAACGUGGACGUGAGCGGGUCGACGCUCGUUAUGACGACCUGCAGGACCUGCAACAGGGAGUACAUCGGGCAGAUCACGAAGAUGAUCCCCUGCAACCGCGCGUCCAUGUUCAGGUCGUUGUGCAUGUCCUCGAACAUCGUCAUGGGCAUGAACGAGUACUGCAUCGCGUCGAGCUCGGGGCUUGGGAUAAUGAGCAUCUUAACCCACAGCAACUACGUCGCGUACAUGCCUCUGAGCAGCAUCACGGAUGUCCACGCGUCGCGCCUAUACGUGACUAGCCAAGCUUGGGAAGGUCUGCCGAGGGCUACUUCUACCUCGCCAUCCCACUUCUUUCUCUUGAGACUUGAAGACUCUUGCGGUGGAUCCCUUGCUUCCUUCUUCUUCCUCCAUGUGAUAACGGACAGGACCACGAAUGAGUGCACCAUCGUGGACAUGGACGUCAACAUCCAGUCGCUCACGAACAAGGACAGGAUCAUCAAGCCUUACGCGCCCGGCGGGUUCUUCUAG